CGGAAUGUACUCGCUACCUGCACUCCGAACCUAGAGACCACUACGGGUGGGGUCAUGUUCGACGACGCCAAGGGUAUAUGGUACAGUGUCAUUACGGAUCCGCCCUCCAGCGACGUUCCAAGUAGCACGGCCAAGAAGCGGACCCUCGAGUCCGAUCAACCGUCUUUCAUCGGCUCUCUCGUAAGUCGUGCCGACACGGGAUACUUCUGCUACAGUAACGGUGCUUCCGAAUUGGUAGCCGACGUUACGGUGAAUGGCAUCGACUUCUUCUGUAAUGGCGCAGCCGUUGGUUCUCACGCUCUUAGAAGCGUCUGGUAAGCGCCAGAAAACAAUAUGUUGCCCGUGGACGAGCUGACAUAU